CUGCAGCACCGAGGCGAGCGAGGAGCCGCUGAGAGGACGCCACACGCCUGCAGUGGACCCUGUCUGCCGGCGCCAGCAGCCGCGGAGCCCCCGUGGAAGGGGUGCGGAGGUCUGCCCUGGUUCCUGGGCCCCGGUGGGCACUGAUCUAGCCCCGGGAGGCAGCAAGGCCCUGUCCCCGGGCUGGCCCCAUGGCGCGGCUGCUCGUGCUGUGAGCCACCGCAGGGGCCCACAUGUGACUCCCCCCAGGACUGUGCACCCGCAGCGUCGGAGGGACCCCGCGCCAUGGCCAGCAACAGUAGCUCCUGCCCCACGCCAGGGGGCGGGCACCUCAACGGGUACCCGGUGCCCCACUACGCCUUCUUCUUCCCGCACAUGAUUGGGGGCCUCUCGCCACCGGGCGCGCUGGGGGGCAUGCAGCACCAGCUGCCUGUGAGUGGAUACAGCACCCCCUCGCCAGCCACCAUCGAGACGCAGAGCACCAGCUCCGAGGAGAUCGUCCCCAGCCCCCCGUCGCCGCCCCCGCUGCCCCGGCUCUGCAAGCCCUGCUUCGUGUGCCAGGACAAGUCCUCGGGCUACCACUAUGGGGUGAGCGCCUGCGAGGGCUGCAAGGGCUUCUUCCGCCGGAGCAUCCAGAAGAACAUGGUGUACACCUGCCACCGCGACAAGAACUGCAUCAUCAACAAGGUGACGCGCAACCGGUGCCAGUACUGCCGCCUCCAGAAGUGCUUCGAAGUGGGCAUGUCCAAGGAGUCUGUCCGGAACGACAGGAACAAGAAGAAGAAGGAGGCGCCGAAGCAGGAGUGUUCGGAGAGCUACAUCCUCACGCCCGAGGUGGAGGAUCUCAUUGAGAAGGUGCGCAAGGCCCACCAGGAGACCUUCCCCGCCCUGUGCCAACUGGGCAAAUACACUACGAACAACAGCUCGGAGCAGCGGGUCUCGCUGGACAUCGACCUGUGGGACAAGUUCAGCGAACUCUCCACCAAGUGCAUCAUCAAGAUCGUGGAGUUUGCCAAGCGCCUGCCCGGCUUCACCAGCCUCAGCAUCGCAGACCAGAUCACCCUUCUCAAGGCCGCCUGCCUGGACAUCCUGCUCCUGCGGAUCUGCACGCGCUACACGCCGGAGCAGGACACCAUGACCUUCUCGGACGGGCUGACCCUGAACCGCACCCAGAUGCACAACGCCGGGUUCGGGCCCCUCACCGACCUGGUGUUCGCCUUCGCCGGGCAACUGCUGCCCCUGGAGAUGGACGACACGGAGACCGGGCUGCUCAGUGCCAUUUGCCUCAUCUGCGGAGGUACCGGCCAGCCUCCCUAGGAACCCAGGAAGGGG